AUGGCGAACACACUUCAUUGUCUCCCCACACUUCAUCUUCUUCCUCGCAACCAUUACCCUAAAACCCUAAAUUCUCUCAAACCAAUCUCCAAAUCACAGCCAUGCAAAAUCCCAGAGAUACCCUCCAAUCCCAAUCAUAGCUCCCUCCAACUCCUUAAAUCAUCAUCUCUCCCUAUCUCACUCGCCGCAUUGCCUUUCUUCCUCGACGCACAGGACGCAGCAGCAGUUGGAGGCGAAUUUGGGAUAUUGGAAGGAAGAUCGUUCGCGUUAAUACACCCAAUUGUGAUGGGAGGUUUAUUCGCAUACACUCUAUGGGCUGGUUACUUAGGCUGGCAAUGGAGACGUGUCCGUACGAUCCAAAGCGAUAUCAACGAGCUCAAGAAACAGCUCAAACCAACACCUGUCUCUCCCGAUGGUUCCACGGCCGUUGAUUCCUCGUCGCCUCCUUCUACGACGGAGCUUGAGAUCCAGCGGCUCACGGCAGAGAGGAAAGAGUUGGUCAAAGGUUCUUACAGAGACAAACACUUUGACGCAGGCUCUGCUUUGUUAGGGUUUGGGGUUUUGGAAGCCGUGUUUGGCGGACUUAACACUUAUCUUCGUACCGGUAAACUCUUCCCCGGUCCUCAUCUUUACGCCGGAGCAGGGAUAACGGUGCUUUGGGCGGCGGCGGCAGCUUUAGUGCCGGCAAUGCAGAAAGGGAAUGAGACGGCGAGGAAUCUACACAUUGCGUUGAAUGGUGUCAAUGUUCUUCUUUUCAUUUGGCAAAUCCCAACAGGUCUUGAUAUCGUUCUUAAGGUGUUUGAGUUCACUAAAUGGCCUUAG